AUGAUCCAUGAGGCUGUACAAGAAAGAUACCACAACCCUUCUUCAUAUCAAUUUCGUCGAAUAGCUUCCAAGACCGUGGUAUCAUUUGGCCCUGAUGACCCGGAAAACCCAGUAAAUUGGGGAAAGGGAAAGAAAUUUUUCAUUCUUGCUUCCGGUAUGAUGCAAGUCUUGAACAGCACCAUCGGAUCCUCAAUACCUAGCGGUGCCAUCGAGUAUAUUGCCAAAGACUUCAAUGUCACCGACCAGGAAAAACUAGUACUUCCUAUCUCCCUUUUCCUCGUUGGCUACGUCCUGGGGCCCCUUCUAUAUGGGCCUCUUUCUGAGCAGUUCGGUCGUCGUCCGCCGGUGGUUAUCGGAUAUGUCUUGUUCUGCAUAUUUUCCAUGGCUUGCGCAUUGGCCCCGUCCAUGCCAGCCCUACUUGUGUUCAGACUGCUGAAUGGCAUGGCGGCAGCCGCACCAAUCGCCGUCGUGUCUGGCGUCUAUGCUGAUAUUAACAACGACCCAACAAAGCGAGGAAGAACUAUGGCUUGGUAUAUGGCUUGCACUGCCGUCGGUCCUAUCAUUUCCCCAUUCAUGUCCGGCUUCAUCUCAAAAGUCAGUUGGCGCUGGGCCUUUUGGUUGAGCCUUAUUAUCGCUGGUGCUUCUUUUCCAUGCGUAGUCUUUUUCCCAGAGACAUAUGCCCCAGUUUUGCUGCAGCGCCGCGCACGUAAGUUGCGCAAGGAAACCGGCAAUAAAGGGAUUGUUGCUCCCUUGGAUCUUAUACCCCAUGAUCUUCGAGCGACAGUGACUGUUACUCUGACAAGGCCACUUCGCAUGAUUAUCAAGGAGUACAUGGUGUCUUUGACUUGUUUCUACCUCGCUCUUGCAUAUGCAAUUUUCUACUUGUAUUUCCAAGCCUAUCCAUUGAUAUUUGAAGGAAUUUAUGGAAUGAGUCCCGGUAUCGCCGGUCUGACGUAUCUUCCUAUUGCUGUCGGAUGUUUCUUAGCCUGCGGAAUCUUCAUUUGGUAUGACGGUUAUCUCGCACGUGCCAAGGCUCGCGGCGCUGCUUGGGCGCAGAACGAAGACUAUAGGCGCCUACCACUGGCCUGCAUUGGAGGGCCUCUUUAUGUGGUCUCAUUAUUCUGGCUCGGCUGGACAGCCUCACCUAAUAUCCACUGGGCUGUACCGAUGACUUCUGGCGUCAUCUUCGGACUGGCCUACGAAUUGAUUUUCAUGGCUAUGCUUAAUUAUCUCUCGGAUGCAUAUGAAACCUUCGCAAAUAGUGCGCAAUCAGCGUCUAGCUGCUGUCGAAGUCUAUUUGGUGCUGUACUGCCGCUUGCUGCGAAGCCAAUGUUUAACCGCGUUGGAAUUGAUUGGGGUUGCAGCAUUAUCGCAUUCAUCAGCCUGGGCGUGUCUAUUAUUCCGUUUGCAUUUAUCUAUUUCGGAAAGCAGAUUCGGCAGAAUAGUAAGAUGUGCCAACACUUGCAGAUUUUGAAAGAAGAGGAAAGGAGAGCCUGGGAGGAGGCUGCUGCAUAUCAAUCGACUGUUCAUCCGACGGCGGAUGUUGAGAAGGGUCCAUCCGUUUCUGAAGAUGCCGUUACUCGAAACAACGUCGAUAAGGAGACUGUAUAG